AUGUGGGCAGAUCAAGUACAGACUUCAGAUCCAAGAAUUGCCAAGUUAAAGAGAGAAGAAAAGGCUGCAAAAGAGGCAAAAAAGAAAGAGAAAGAGAAGGCUGCUAGAAAAGCUGAGGAGGAGGCAAAAAAGGCUGCCGAAGAGACACAAAGGAUAAAAGAGCAAAAAGAGGCUGAAGCCAAGCAGAAGCAACUUGAAGAAAAGAAGGUCAAAGAAGCAAAAAGGAAAGCGAUACGUACUGAACGAAAGAGCAUCAGAAACUAUGUCAAGAGUAAUAACUAUUUCCAUCCUGAUUCAACAACAUUAUCGGCUGAGCUACUAGCAACUCAGAUAUCUGAGCUGGACUCAAUACUCGAGAAUCUUUCAUUGGAGGAGUCACAAUCGUUAAGAAAACGACUAGACGCCUCCGCUAAUCGCGAAUCAGCCAAGACUGUGUUGAAGGAUGAAGCGGCAAGAUUAAUUGAAAAGGGUGUGUUGAGAUCGGAAACAAUUAAGCACUACGGGCCUGACGUGGCCGUGAAAUCUACAGCAGAAGUACAAAAGAUAGCAGCUUUCAUCAAAGCAGCAAAUAAAUUUCGACCUGGAGUUGCCAAUAGAUGGAGUCAAAUAAGUGAAUACGUUGCGCAACAUUCUGGCAACCCACCCCGAACAAGCGAAGAAUUAAUCAAAAAAUCGAAGGAAGUUCAAAGAGGUGCCAUUGCCUUGGAUGAGGAGGAUGUACGCAAAUUACAACUUUUGAAAAAGCACUCCGACACCCGUAUUACUGAGGAACCUUCUAUACGAGAGGCGACUAUUAACUAUGACGAUCCGACUCGCCUGACUACGGAGACUAAAACCAUAACUUCCGAGUCUUCGAAAGCAAAAUCUCCUUCAUCAGACAAGCCAACUUGUAAGAAAAAUAAUGCAGCUGAUAACACUAUAGACAAUGCAGCUAAUAAUACAAAAGAUGCUGCUGGAAGUGCAUCGGAUGCAUCUAAUCAAUCUUGGUCGGCAAGUCAACAGACACAGCUGGAACGCGCCUUGCAAGAAUAUCCUAAAAAUUACAAGGGUACUGCAGAUCGAUGGGAUUUGAUUGCGGCUGCUGUCGAAGGAAAAACAAAGAAAGAAUGUAGGGCAAGAGUCAAGUAUCUUGUUGAACAAGUUAAAGCGGCUAAAAGAGUAUCUAAAUAA